GUCAAUGCUAUAAAUCUGACCAAAGAAAUAAUAAUGCUCUGCGCAAAACCCACACGCUUUCAUCAAAAUAGUCGUCUGCCUUCGUCUUCAACGCCUCUUUUCCUCGACCAAAUUGCUCUCUUUCUUCCAUUACUUUUUUGUUCAUCCACUGGAAAUUAUCCCUUUAAUCGAAAGAGUCGAAAGAAGAAUCUGGUGAUAAAAAAUGGGGUGUUGCAGUAGCAAGGCGGCAGAUACUAAAGCCACCCGAAUGGCUCGAUGGCGUUCUACUGGCAUCGUUGCUUUACGCGACUCCAAAUUGAAGUCUUUUCCGGAUGAAGUUAUUAGCCUGGAGAGAUCUGUACGCACCCUCGACUUGACACACAAUAAAUUGGUUGAAAUUCCCAUGGAGAUCAACAAGUUAAUUAACUUACAACGUCUAAUUUUGGCUGAUAACCUUAUUGAGCAUCUGCCUGUGAACCUAGGAUUGCUUCAGUCUUUGAAAGUUGCAACACUUGAUGGGAAUCAAAUCACAACCUUGCCUGAUGAACUGGGCCAGUUGGUGAAGCUUGAGCGUUUAUCUGUCUCAGCAAACUUGUUAAUGAGCUUGCCUGAGACAAUUGGGAGCUUGCGGAAUUUGGUGCUGUUGGAUGUUUCAAACAAUAAGUUAAAGUUUCUUCCUGAAUCUAUUGGAAGUUGCUUCUCUUUGGAAGAAUUGCAAGCUAAUGAUAAUUCUAUUGAAGAGCUUCCUGCUUCAGUUUGCAAUCUUGUUCAAUUAAAGUCACUCUGCCUGAACAAUAACAAUCUCAAUCAGAUGCCUCUAAAUUUGUUAAGAGAAUGCAAGAGCUUGCAGAACAUAGCACUGCACAGAAAUCCCAUUUCCAUGGACCAAUUUCAACAGAUGGAAGGCUUCAAGGAAUUUGAAGCCCGCCGUAAACAGAAGUUUGAUAAACAAAUUGAUUCAAAUGUGAUAAUCAGUUCUAAAGGGCUUGAUGAGGGUGUUGACUUGUGAUUCCUCUCCACAUGCAAUUUUUGUAAGGUUAACUUUGCGUCUUGCGGUUGGAUGGCAUUGUGACAGCUUUGACUUUGAUGAAAGGCGAUUGCUUGUGCUGCCUUACAUGAGUCAUUGUCAAGCCCUUCUGUUGUUUAUCAUGGAUUGUCAGCUUUGACUUGUGCGUAAUUGUAUCUAUGCUGAGUUACAGUAAUUGUAAAUGAUAUGCAGACCUAAAGAUUUCCUUUACCAUUUUGAUAAUACAUAUUCAUUGAGCUGUAUA